AUGGAGCCCGCACAGCCACCCAGGCGCGUUACUCGCGCGUGCGACUAUUGUCGCAAGAAACGGGUAAGUUGCGAGGCACUCUCGAGUCCGGCUAGGCUAAUAGCAAAACAGUUGAAGUGCACCGGGCAGCGCCCCUGUCUAAACUGCCAGCUCUACCGGGCGGAAUGCUCGACCUCUGAACAUCCCAAAGGCCCAGAAAAUGCGGGUCGGAAGCGCAAGCGGCCCCUGACCCGGGCACCGGCGAGCGAUGAUGACGAGACGGAGGAGAGAAGCCGCCCGGCGCCCGUCGUGGAGAUGGCGCCCGACUUUGACCAGUAUGCUCAGGACCUGGGCCUGGUUUUUGCCCCGUUUUGGCCAUCACAUUCGCAUUUGCCUAACUCGCUGGACGAGCUAGGGGGUGCUGAUGACUCUGUCGCCAGCCAUUCAUACAACCAUUUACCCACUCCCCGGCUCAGUGCAGCGUCAAUGCCGUUGGACUUGCCGCCGGCCACAUACUCCUCCGGCCAUGUUGGGGUGCCAGAGCAGUCGGACCUCCUGGACCAUCCCCUGCCUCCACAGUCGGCUCAUGAGUUCUUCCUCAAGAAAGGACCGUCGGAUAGCAAAUUCAUCGGGAUGGGCUCGGUUGGCUCGACGAUUUUUGAGUGCCUGAGACCUUACAGUUGUCACCACGGAGAGUCGAUGGAGUCCACAAUUCUCAAUCAUCUAGUCCGGGGGAUUCAGCAUGUGGAUGAACUGGCCCUCUCGAGGAUCUUUCAGACACCGCCUCUCCCGGAACGCGACUUUGCCGAGCAGGGGGUGAAAUUAUACCGCAACUUUGUUCAUCUGUUGUAUCCCAUAAUGGAGAAUCAGUUCUUCGAAGAUUGGCGGCACCUAUACAAUAAUCCAAGCGCACUCUCUGCUGCCGCCUACUCGCGUUUCUGUCUGGUCGUCGCGAUCGGGAUUCUCGCCUCUCCUCUUCGCUCCAACGACAAUAGCAUCUGGGAGGCUGCCAAAGGCUUGCAAGAGCAGACCUGGUCCCUCAUCGACCAUGUUAUGGCCAAUCCUUUCCUCGAGUCUACCCAAGUCCUGCUUCUUCACACCGUCUUCCUUCUGUACUGCGGCAAAACCGGGAUCGCGUGGACGACAUGUGGCAUGGCAGUGCGAACUGCCCAAUCACUGGGACUACACCAACAGACGCCCCCGCAGCUUGAACUAAGCACCGAGCGCGUCCAUUUACGAGCGAGGCUGUGGUCGGUAGCUUACACGCUGGAUGCCUUCCUCUCGCUUUCCGAGGGUCGACCGCCCGCCACAACGAUGCCACCCAACUUAGAGGUCUGCCAGUCCAUCUCUGCACCAGAGGACUUUUCUUUGACAUCACUAGCUAUCGAUCAGCCACCACCUGGUGCACAAAUUCAUGUUUGGGAUAUCGGACUUGCGAUGAUUGCAAAUGACGUCUACCUGCUACUGAAGGAUAGUAACUCAUCGCUGCACCGCGCGCUGGCUCGUAUCGCCGAGCUCGAUGCCCGGCUGCUGGCAUGGAAGGAAGGCAUACCGAUGGAAUUCAGGCCCGACCAACAAAUCCUGGCAGAUGAUGCGCUCUAUUCUGUUAUUGCCAUAUUGCACUUGAAAUAUCACAACCUGAUGCGUUCAAUCCACUGGAUCUCGAUCACCUUGUCGAGCGAGGCGCCGACCGGCCGACCGGGCCCCUUAGGCGCGCGGGUGAGGUCCAGCGAGGCCAUUUGUCUGGCCUCUGCACGGUCGGUGAUUGACAUCUUGAAUAGCACAUCUGACCAGAGAAUCGCAGGGCGACAGGGUGGCUUUGUGGUGCAAUACUGCAUGGCGGCGAUUGCGAUCUUCUACCGGCAGAUCAUGAAGCAUCCCAAUCGCAAUGGGAUGAGAGGAAAUUUGGAGCACAUGCGCGAUGGGACAUUGCACAUUAUGAGCUUGUAUGAAGGGAUCAAGGCACGGAGCCAGUUCCAGGUGUUGUUCGAGGAAAUGUUGAAGACUGCCGAGGGGGUCGUGCAGAAAAUGCACACGAACGGUACUAGUGGAAUAUGA